AUGUGGCAAGCCGUUGAAACAUCAAUUCAAGCACUUAAUAAAAAUCGACGAUUGAAUGUCAGUUUUAAAACAUCUUCACCAAAAAAUAAUUCAGCAAUUUCUCCAAUAUCAAGACCAACUUGCUCAAUAACGGAAUUAAUGAGAAAAACAAAUUUUUCAAAGGACGAAAUACGUCAUCUUUAUCGAACAUUUAAACAAGAUAGUCCAUCGGGUCAAGUCAGUAAAGAGCAUUUUGCCUCGAUUAUUGCAACAUUAUUUCCAACUGGUGAAUGUUAUCGUUAUUCCGUAUUUCUUUUUCGAAAUAUUGAUCGAUCCAAUAGUGGUACAAUUCGAUUCGAAGAUCUUGUUGCAACAUUUGCAAUAUUAAUUCAUGGUUCAAUUGAAGAUCGUCUUAAUUGGAUUUUUGAUUUAUAUGAUUUAAAUAAAGAUGGAAAAAUAACAAGAAUAGAAUUACUUCAAUUAGUUGCAUCAGUUUUUCAGCUUAUUGUUCCGGUUUGUAAACUCAAUUACACAUCCAUUACAAAUGCCAUCGAAGAACGAACAAAUCAAUUAUUUCAUAAUUGGGAUAGAAAUGGAAAUGGUCUUGUAUAUAAAGAAGAUUUUCUUCAAUAUUGUCUACAGGUUGAUUUCAUUAAUUUUAUUUUAAAAAAAAUUAAUUGA